UGGAACCCCUCAGGCUGCACGCUGCAGUUCUCCAAGGCAACAGCAAUAGCACCACAACAAAAAGAUGGAGUUCUGAUCCUCUGUACUCUGUAGACGCUUGAGGCAAACUGACUGGACUGCAGAAAAACAAACUACCCCACGGCAUAUUUUUAAUAUCAAAGCUAAAAUGACUGAACAACUUCGCCUCAUAGUGGACACUCUGAAUCAACCACCAUUCUCGAAACAAUUCAAUCUCGUCACAUUUGACUCUCUGAAUUCGCUCAACCUACUGCAAGUGCUCAACGAUGUCCUCGCUGAGAUCAGUCCUGACCAUCAAAUGGACCUCCGUCAAGAACCUCCCGAGCAAACUGCUGUUAGGAUUCUUAGUCUCCUCCACGUUCUACGAUACAAGCCAAAGAGUGAUCAAGGAGGUGGUCUAAAUGCAUUUCGUCAUGGAUUGCUGUUGGGCAAUAAGCCGACAAUAUAUCCCUUGCUACAGUGGCUCCUGGAGAAGCUACCAGAGUUAAAGAAAAGGGCCUACCUUGCUCGAUAUCUAGUCAAGAUCGAAUUACUUCCGGAAAUGCUACAGGACGAUAUUGUUGCUGAGGCUAAUGCAAAUCAUGAAGAGCUUGUUGAACAGUUCAAAGAGCUGCACCACACCAUAGAGCAGCAGAAGGCCUCACAGUUUAGUGUGGCAGACAUUAAGAAGGACAUUGCUUCCAUGGAGGAGGAGAAAGAACAGCUCAUAAAGAGGACAGAGCGACUGAAAGCCAAGGCUGAGACACUGCCCAAUAAAGCUGAGAUGCUGGAGGCAGCCAUGAAGCUGAGGAGAGAAAAAGAUCGAGAAAUAACACUAACUGAACAGAAACUAGAGCAAAAGAACUCAUUUCUCCACGCACAAGAAAAAGUAUCUCGAUUACAGAAACAACUUGAGGACAUGAAAAGCUCGAGUGAUGGUCUAUCUGCCGAAGGAUUGAUCUCUAAACUACAGGAAGAAAACCACCUCAAGCAAAUGCUAGUCUCUGAAACCCUACCAAAGAAGGUGGAGGCUAAACGAAAGGAGUGUAUUGAGUUGGAGCAAGUCCUUGCCGAGCCUGUACUGAACGACCUGGACCUCGAUACUAUACGACAGCAAAUUGACGAGUGUACUGAAGAGGUGGCUAGACUUAUGGAGAAACGACUGCCAGGAAGUGACCCUGUACAAGACAAGCUAGCCCUGUUUCGACAACAAGCCUCCAUUAUUGCUCGUAAGAAAGAAGCUGCUGCCGAGAGCUAUAAAUCAGUGAUGGACGAGCUAGCAGCUCUGGAGUCUGAGUUACAGUCCAAGCGAGAACAACUGAACAAGUUUGAUGGCGGGGAAAUUCUAAGAGAGGAGGAAUUCAAACGCUACCUCGCUAGAUUACGUGUCUCAAACAACACUUACAAGAAAAAGAAGUCAGAACUUGGUGCUCUGAAAGCUGAGUAUGGAGUCCUUGCCCGUACAGAGGAAAUCCUGAGAUCUCGAGAUGAAAAUGUGGAGGAGCUGGUCAAAAUUCUCGAAGAAAAGAAAGGUGUCCGCGGCUAUAAACAGACGCAAGAUGCCCUCGAGGAAGUAUCGGUAGCAAAGAACGAACUAGACGAACAAAAGAGUGAGAUAUUAACGGCAAUGACUAGCCAGAUUGAGCAGCUGACGGCAGCCAUUGAAACCAAGAAGGCAUUCCUCUCUCCCCUCAUCAAAGAGAUUCGACCGUUACGUCAGAACCAUCAGGAACUGUUAGCUCAACACGCUGAGAAGAAGGUUGCUUAUGACGGAGUGGCUGCUGGGCUGGAGGGUCAAAGGGCAGACCUGGAGCGAGAGGUACGAGCAUACUGGGAGGAAACAAUGGCUGAAGAGAGUCGCUACCACUAUCUACAGUGUAUGAUAAAGUCCAUCAAGCUACAGCAGGAGAGAGUGGCGGCUGAGAUGCGAUGCUAUGUCAGUUCUGACCCGGCUGAGAAACGCAAGUCCCGUCGAGAUCUGUUCACUCGAAAGAUACAGGAGCAAGAAAACUUGGGGAAGGGUCUUCGUGACCAGCAGAAGGAGAUUCAAGAGACCCACAGUGAUGCCCUGCGACAGGUCAAGAUGUGGCAGGAUCUGAGACGUCAGUUCAAAGUGAAGAAACAAUGUUUUGUGUCUGACCAGCAGCGGCGGAUGAGGGACAAGGCUGAGGAAAAGAUGGCUGCCACUGAGAACAGACUAGUCAUUACUUGAACAAUAUUCAUGUGAUAGUUUAUUGUAUCUCUGUAUAAUUAUAUGGAAUAUCAUUGUUGUGUAAUGUUUCUGAUAGUUUAUCAUGAUAAAAUAUUAAACCUCAAAAUA